UCGCGGUUCUUCCAAAAGAACCACACAGCCUUGCGCGUACUGACCCUGUGACCCUGUUCGCUCAAGAUUGCAUCUAAUUCCGACUGGCGUCGAUUAUCCCGAUCCUCCCUCUUUUUUCUAAGGCCCCUGUGGUAUCGCUAGGGCCUUGAUUCUAGAGUAUUUCCCCCCCUCGUCUUCGAACGAAUCAUCGCUCCCCAUGAGCUUCAUUCAGCGACUUACGAAGCGGCUGCCCUCGGCGCCGAGUCUGCCUCUCGACGAUGUUUCGCGCGAAAAGGGCUCCGGCUCUUCUAGAUUCGCUUUCUUCAGACGGAGGAUACGAUUGAAGGGCAACUCGUCGAUUUCAAUACCCCUGGGAUUUGUUUUACUAUUUCCAUGCCUUGUAAUAAUUCUUAUUCUACUUCUCUUUGUUCGACAUCCUUCGUCUCCCGGGGGUAUCUUAAUUCCAGCUGGCACACCGCCAUCCAUUAGAAAAAUUAGCGAGAAACAUGACAAGGUCUUUGCCACUGGUUGUCUGCCAGUUGAAACGGACGGUCCUCGGGCAAACGCUGCGUUCGUCGUUCUCGCCCGGAACAAGGAGCUGGAUGGUGUGAUCCAGUCUCUCAAGUCGAUCGAGAGACACUUCAACCGGUGGUUCCACUACCCUUACGUGUUCCUGAACGACGGCGACUUUGACGAUGAAUUCAGAGCCACUGUCAAGAACUAUACCAGCGGUCCUGUGGAGUUUGGAAAGAUCGACGACAGCAUGUGGGGAUACCCAGAUUGGGUUGACCACGAGGUUGCCAAGGAGGGUAUCAGGAAGCAGGGAGACGCCGCCAUUAUGUAUGGAGGAAUGGAGAGUUAUCACCACAUGUGCAGGUUCUACUCCGGUCACUUCUACAAGCACCCUCUCCUGAUGAAGUACGAGUGGUACUGGCGUUUGGAGCCCGAAAUCAAGUACUUCUGUGACAUCACCUAUGAUCCUUUCAUCAAGAUGGCAGAAGCAAACAAGACCUAUGGUUUCACAAUUGCCGUCAAGGAGCUUCGCGAGACCGUCCCCAACAUUUUCCGCUACGCCGCUGCCUACAAACGUAAGAACAAUCUCAAGUCAAAGGGUCUCUGGGAAAUGUUCCUGGAACCCAGACCAGAGAAGGAAGAGAAGCCAGAAGACGUGAAGCAAGACAAGCUUCCCGAGGAGAUCUUGCAAACCGAUCCUAAUGAAAACAACCUCGAUGACAUCGACCCCGAAGCCAUGGAAGGCGAAUCGUACAACAUGUGUCAUUUCUGGAGUAACUUUGAGAUUGCGCGCCUCGACUGGUUCCGCAGCAAAGAGUACGAAGACUUCUUCAACAUGAUGGAUAGAAGCGGUGGUUUCUGGAAUGAAAGAUGGGGUGACGCUCCAAUUCAUUCGCUUGCCGCCGGUGCCCUCCUUUCCCCGAGUGAUAUCCAUUAUUUCCGUGAUUUCGGAUACCGACACACGACAAUCCAGCAUUGCCCUGCUAACGCCCCCGCACGGCAAUUAACCCGAAUCCCAUGGCUUGAAAUGACCACGGAGAAUGAGAAGGAGCGGAUCGAGGAAGAUGAAUACUGGGCGACUCCUGACCCUGUCAAGGAAAACGGAGUCGGCUGCAGAUGCAGGUGCGAUACCGACAUUGUGGAUGUUGAAGGCAAGCAGGGUAGCUGUCUCGCCGAAUGGGUGGAAGUUGCCGGAGGCUGGGCAUCUCCAUAGAUGGAGCUGACCUUUUUUUUGUGUUCGCUGUAUCAUCUUCACCUCGUUUCCGUAUCUAUCUGUUCGACUGUGAGCAUUACUUUGGGUCGCCCUUGGAGUUGUUUGCUUGGGCCUGCAUCUUAUGGCCGUGGGAUUUCACUGGAACGGCGUUUAACGGAUCUGACGGCUUCUUAUACGGAAGACGGUGUCAACAUUCUCAUCAAUAUUGACAAUACAUCUAGCGUGCUGUGCGUUCAAUUUGGAUUGCUGUUUGU